GUCUGAGGCUGGUGCCUCACCUGUCAGCCGGCCCGGCUGCUGCUACGCUCUCUGGCUGCCGCAUCCCUGGCGAUCGCCGCUGUCGCGACCCUGGGCGGCUGCGGCCACCAUGAUACAUUUCAUCUUGCUCUUUAGUCGACAAGGAAAAUUGCGGCUGCAGAAAUGGUACACCACACUCCCUGACAAGGAGCGGAAGAAGAUCACCCGGGAGAUCAUCCAGACCAUCCUCUCUCGUGGGCACAGGACAAGCAGCUUCAUCGACUGGAAGGAGCUGAAACUUGUUUAUAAAAGGUAUGCUAGUUUAUAUUUUUGCUGUGCAAUAGAAAAUCAAGACAAUGAGCUCUUGACACUAGAGAUCGUACAUCGGUAUGUGGAGUUGCUGGACAAAUACUUUGGAAAUGUCUGUGAGCUGGAUAUUAUCUUUAAUUUUGAAAAGGCGUAUUUUAUCCUUGAUGAAUUUAUAAUAGGUGGAGAAAUUCAGGAAACAUCCAAGAAAACAGCAGUCAAGGCCAUUGAAGACUCUGAUAUGUUGCAGGAGACAAUGGAAGAAUACAUGAACAAGCCCACAUUUUAAGUGGACAGUCUACUUGAAGAUUCUGAGUGCUUCAUGUUGCGCAUCUACAAAUAAGCAACUCUUUGCAUCCAGUCUCCACACAGCUCUGGCACCAUGCCAAAAAUAACUUUAAAGGGAUUCUGUGUUAGCUAGCCAAACUUAAAAGUUGUUAGCGUAACGUAUUUAUGGUUGCUGCAUGUCUGUAUUAUACUGUCUGUGAGUACUCAUUGUGGCUCUCGUUUCAAAUAAUUGCUGCAGAUUGAAUAGUUGGCUUGCAGUGGUGUAAAUCCUUGUAGUAUUUUUAGGCAGUUUCAAAUAAUUAGUUGCAAUAUAAUAAUUUUUCUUGCCAUUUGAUCUCCUUGUAGACUGAAAACUGCUUUGUGAUAACACACAAUUUUGAAUUUAAAGUAUAUUUUAUAUAACAUGCCUUUCCUAAAUGUUUUUAAAAGGUACAUGAAUUCAAAUUUAUGUUAAUAGUUCAGAUUUCAUACAUGAUGCAGACAUUUUAAAAAUAUGUUCAAUACUACUGUAGUUUCAGGUCAGGUACAAUGUAUCUGUUUUGUUGUUGUUGUUUGUUUGUUUGU